AUGACAUCUCCGGUGUGUGUUCUCUAUCUCACAUGUCUGUUUGUCGGAAAAAUGGCUCAGCUGACUGAUCUGAAAUCCUCCUCAUCUGCUCAUCAUGACAGUGGUUUUAUAUCACGUAAUGUUGGUGAGAGCGUAACUUUGCAAUGUAUCUAUGAAGGUGAGCUUGUUGCAGCACUUUACUGGUAUAAACAAACUCUAGGACAGAAACUAAAGAAAAUCUCCACCUUCCAUAAGUUAAAAAAAAGUACCACUUUUUAUGAUGAAUUCAACAAUUCACGCUUUACAUUGGAUACUGAAAAUGGGAAAAAUCACUUGGUGAUUUCAGAUUUACGUAUUUCAGACUCAGCUACUUACCUCUGUGCAAGUAGCUUUACAUAUGAUUUAGAAUUUAAGGAGGGAAUAAUUGUCAAUGUAAAGGGUUCAGGUUUAAACAUCCAAGCUUUGGUGCAUCAGUCGGCAUCUGAGAGCAUCCAGCCAGGAGGCUCUGUGACUCUGAACUGUACAGUACACACUGGGACCUGUGAUGAUGGAGAACACAGUGUUUACUGGUUCAAAAACUCUGAAGAAUCUCAUCCAGGACUCAUUUACACACAUGGAGGCAGGAAUGAUCAGUGUGAGAGGAACACCAACAUACAAACACACACCUGUGUCUACAACUUACCGAUGAAGAGUCUGAAUCUUUCUCAUGCUGGGACCUACUACUGUGCUGUUGCCUCAUGUGGACACAUACUGUUUGGAAAUGGGACCAAGUUGGAUGUUUGCAACUCUCUUGUCUUGGUGUAUUUCUUGAGUGGAGCUUUGGCGUUCACCACCAUCCUCAGUGUUUUACUGGCUUUCUCAAUGUACAAGAUGAACAAGAGCAACAGUGGCCGAUUUACAGAGGGUUACAAAGACACAGACAAGCUGUAUUAUGCUGCUGUAAGUAAGAGCCUGACCAACAGACGAAGACAGAAGGACCAAACCUGGAGUGAAUGUGUGUACUACAGCGUAAAGCAGUAG